UAAAAGGCAAUAGAUUUGAGGCAGAAGCUCAUUCCCACAGCCCGAGAGGGAAGGAGAGAGCGCUCACACGCCGCUUCCCAUCCCCACAGCAACUCACCAGCGGGGAUACAUUACCCUUACUAGCCGAGUCAGGAGUCACAACUCGCACUUCCCACUCUCCGUGACUCUGAGCAACUCUCUGAGCACCAUGCGUGGGACCCGGCAGCCUGCAGCAGCUCUAAUCUGUCCCUGGGAGGGCAAGAAGCUCCUGUAGGGGCACAAAGGGUUAAUCUGAGCACAUACCUACCUAUGUGAGUCACCCUGCCUGAUGCGACUGCCGCUGCUGUGUGUGCCCACAAUACAAAGCCACAGGAAGAGAGUGCGGCUAACCGGCCCAUGUGACAUGCCAAGGAGAGGGGCCCUCAGCUGCCUGGCACCCAGUCCUGCACCCACUAAUUCUCACUAUUCCUAGGGCACUGGAGGAACCAAUGUCUGAUUAUUGGAGCUAAAAUCCACCCCAGCAUCUACUAUCUGCCCCCUUUACUGCAAAGGAGUUGGGGCAAAGUUCCCUUCAGCCCAGAAUCCCCCAUAAAUACACUCGGACUUAGGAUAUUAGUUGCUGGGCUGCCCGGUAUUGGCUAGACUACCCCUUUGCUCCCAGAAGGCUUGGGCCAAAUCGCUGAAACUUUGGAGAACUUCACUUGGCAUAUAUUGAAUUAUGUUAGUGACCACUGACUCCUGAGUAUGAUCGCUGUCUCUUUAGCCUGAUCGCUGUCUCCUGUGCCAUUGACUCCUGAGUGUGCCCACUGACUCCUAGGAGCGAUCGCUGCCCCCAGGGAGCGAUUACUGGCUGCCAGCGCUGUUGCGACUCUCCAUUUAGAAGGUAUUUACUCACCAGGCUUGUUGUGAUGCGUAUCCCCGUAGAUACCAGCACCAGCCGCCGCUUCACGCCGCCCUCCACCACUCUGAGUCCGGGGAAGAUGAGCGAACCCAUCCCGCUAAAUGUCACGGACAGCAGCGCCGCCCUGGUGGGCAAGCUGAGAAGCACAGACCGGAAUAUGGUAGAAGUACUGUCCGAUCAUCCCGGGGAGCUGGUCCGCACAGACAGCCCAAACUUUCUCUGCUCGGUGCUGCCCACACACUGGAGGUGCAACAAGACCUUGCCCAUCGCUUUCAAGGUGGUGGCCUUGGGAGACGUUCCUGAUGGGACACUGGUGACAGUGAUGGCUGGCAAUGAUGAGAACUAUUCCGCUGAACUAAGGAAUGCCACAGCAGCCAUGAAGAAUCAAGUGGCCCGCUUCAAUGACUUGCGAUUUGUCGGAAGAUCUGGAAGAGGAAAAAGCUUCACCCUGACUAUCACCGUCUUCACCAAUCCCCCGCAGGUCGCUACCUACCAUCGUGCCAUUAAGAUCACUGUGGAUGGACCUCGAGAGCCAAGACGCCCGAAGUAUGAUCCGAUUAUUGGCCCAGGGCUCGUGGGUGGCCAAAUUCAAGCAGAAAUCUAUUCAAUUUACAGUCUUGGCAAAUCUGCAGAUUCAAGCUGCGUGGGCAGCUUUACAGGACAUCGUCAGAAACUAGAUGAGCAGACAAAGUCGGGCACCUUGUCCUUUUCUGAACGACUCAGUGAACUGGAACAUUUGCGCCGAACAGCAAUGAGGGUCAGCCCACAUCACCCAACUCCCACACCUAACCCACGUGCCACCCUAAAUCAUUCCACGGCUUUCAACCCUCAGCCACAGAGUCAGAUACAAGAUACAAGACAAGUCCAGGCGUCUCCUCCUUGGUCGUAUGACCAGUCCUACCAGUACCUGGGAUCCAUAGCAACUCAGUCUGUACACCCUGCUACCCCCAUAUCGCCAGGAAGGGCAAGCAGUAUGACGUCUCUCAGCGCCGAACUCUCCAGCCGACUCUCAGGAGCCUCAGACCUUACUGCUUUCAGUGAUCCUCGAGUCGGCAUUGACCGUCAGUUCUCCACUCUUCCAUCCAUCUCGGACCCCCGUAUGCACUACCCAGGGGCUUUUACCUACACUCCAACCCCGGUCACUUCAGGUAUAGGAAUCGGUAUGUCAGCCAUGACCUCCGCCACCAGGUAUCACACCUACCUACCCCCUCCAUAUCCUGGAUCAUCCCAGGCACAAAGCAGCCCAUUUCAGACCAGUUCCCCAUCCUACCAUCUCUAUUACGGAACAUCGGCCGGAUCCUACCACCAGUUCUCGAUGAUGUCGGGAGGAGACCGAUCCCCGCCUCGCAUCCUCCCACCUUGCACAAACGCUUCCACGGGGUCCACUCUCUUGAACCCUAACCUUCCAAACCAAAACGAUGUUGUGGAGGCUGAAGGAAGCCAUAGCAACUCUCCUACCAACAUGGGAACCACCCCAAGGCUUGAGGAAGCUGUAUGGCGGCCAUAUUGAGAUGUUGCUACAGACAUGGAACAAAUGGAGGACACGUCAGAUGGACGAGAUAUUGGCGAGGUGGAAAAACUGUGAAAUCCUCUGGUUUAGCGACGCUGUGAAAAGGCAAAGAUCAGAGGAGACAUGGAGAGAAUACGCAGACAGGCCACUGGCUGUUCCUCCUAGGGAUUUACUAUUUUCAACAUAUUUUGGAUUACAAUUUUUUUUUUUUAAAUUAUUUUAACCCAGAUUUAAAAUAUAUGUGGGGGUUUUUUCUGAACCAGAACCAUACGCUAAAUUAUUGGAACGUUAGAAAGACUGGGCUUUGCGGCUUGUUACGGCCUAUGUAAUAUAAUGUCAGUCCCUAUGAACAAAAAAAAGGAAAAAAAAAGUUUAAAAAAAAAAUGACCCUGCUCUGAAAUUUCAACAUUUGCAGCCCUGUUAAUAGGCACCUUACGGUUUGUUUUUGCUUUUUGCAUUUUUAGCUUCCAUUUAUCAUUUUUCCAUUUUUUUACCUAAACUUUUGUAUAUUUUUAUUGUAAGAUUUCCUGCGCUCAGUGGCGCCGCUCAGUGGCCCGCCGGGUCCCCGCCGCCAAAAGUGUGCGUUGUAUUUAUACGUUGAUGAGAAAUUCAGGGUGUCCGUAUCCGCUGAAACUUGUACGCUCCAAACGAUACAAGGUUAUUGUUUACAUGUUUAUUUUAUAUCGGAAUGAAUGACUUUUAUUUAAAUGCAAUUUCUUUUUCCCCAAAUUGAUUGGACAAGGUUGAUAGAUCUGAUCUGCUCAAAAGAACUUGAUAUGAUGCUCAUUUUGCCCUCUCAGUGCUCAAAAGAACUGCUUUUGUUUUGUUGUUUUCGAUAUAUUAGCACUUUUUACACUUUGAAACAACAGUGCCGCCUACUGUUUAUUUUUGUUAA